AUGGAUUUGGAAGAAAAUCAUUCUGUUUUAACUUAUAAAGAGGCUUUAGAACGAAGGAUCAGUUCUUUAAUAGGAACCUUCACUGACGCACUUAUAAUCUCCUCGAGAAAUGUAACAAGUGUACAAGAGUUACAAAAGGAAAGGCAAAAACAUUUGGCUAAAGCUCACGAGUAUCACGAAAAUGAUAUCAUAUUAUUAUAUAAUUCCACUAAAAAACAAGUACAUGGACAAAAGUUUAAUCCUAAAUGGACAGGACCGUUUUGGAUAGAAAAGAAGUUAGAUUACACUUCUGUUAAUAUACAAAUGACCUCUAUACGAAUUAUUGUACAAAGUAAUUCUCAACAAACCUCUUUAAUAAUUCCUACUCACUACCGACGAACACGACCUCAAAACUUUAACAGAUAUAUUGAAGAUGCAUGCAAUGCUGAAGUUGACCUUGACCUUGAAUUAUAUGAUAAAGGAGAUAUCCUAUCUCUUAAUGGUGCUCGAUUCUUAACUGUUGCAAAUAGAGCGCAAAGACUAUUGUCUGUGCUUGGAGAAUUUCCAAUUCCUCAAUUUAAAUAUAUUACUUCUAAUUGGUUAUAUCAUUUAACUAGUGUAGACUUUGAUUAUUUUAUUCGAAAAUAUAGAGAACAACUUUCUCAAAAUAUGGAACAUUUCGCAGGAGCUCAAUACUAA